AUGUUUCUGUCUCCUCCGGAGAGCUGGGUCGAGGCAGAGGAGCGACGCCGUGUGUUCUGGAACGUAUUCAAUCUCGACCGGUUUUGCUCCGUGGCAAUGGGCUGGAACACUAGCCUUACCUCGGACGAUGUGCACCGUCGUCUUCCUUGCGAUGGGGUCUAUUGGAGAAGAGAUAAACCCAAUGUUACAGCGUUUUUUGGCAUAUGGGACAAGUCAGCAGGGCGGAUGGGGAAUCCCAUUGGCUUCCAACCGGCCCAUUACGUGUCUCCGCAAGUUACGUUGGCUAAUGGCGCACCUGAACAUAGUCCGGCCGACACCAGUGGCUCUGUUUUAUCGCCGGAAGAUCCCCUGAUGGAGGCUGCUGGUGCUUUCGCCUACCGCAUCGAGGCAACCGAGUCGCUGAACCGCGUCACGACUUACUUCCUUCAGCAAAAGGUCGACAUGCACCGUCCAGAGAACGUCACGAGCUGGCUCACAAGGUUUAAGGAACUCGACCUCCGCCUUGUACACUGGAAGAUGCUCCUUCCGAAAAAGUGGAAAGCCGCGAAUCCUAUCAACACAACUGUCGACCUUCACGACACGAUCAAUCAGGACGGCCCACCUAGUGGCAGUGGAGGAACAACGGGGCUUGAGGUCGAUGCCAAACGCCAAACGGUAGUGAUGGACCCAAAUCUCACAUUGGCACACAUUACCCAUAAUGCUUCCAUGAUUCUCUUGCAUCAACCUAUCGCGUUUCCAGCACACGACUGGACUUUCCACAGCCACUUGCCCAGCAGUUGCUCUGCAGAGACCUGUCAGCAGGCGGCUGUUGAAAUUGCCACGAUCACUGAACAAUAUCUUAAAGUGUCUCCGGCAACCUUCCCCGUCUAUCCCCAGUUUUCAUUCUGCGUUUAUGUGGCAGCCCGACUCCUGCUAGCCUACGGGAUCCACUACAGUGGAGAGAACACUGCUCUGUACGCUAGAUCGGAUAUCGAUGACAGGUUCUGGACGCUAGUUCGAAGCCUAGAUGAGAUGUCACGUCGAUGGAACGGGAACGUAGUGGUGAUGCCAGAGACCACGGCUUUGACCGAGGACCUGGCCGCAAAAUACGCAAAACAGCUGAGGCAGAUGAAGGAUAUGUGCAUCCAGGACUUGGGUUACAAAAUAAAUGUCCUAGAUUACAUGCAAGAUAUCGACCAUUGCAACAGGGAGACCGACCCUCUAGUAGGGGAUCCAGUAUCUGUGUCGACUCCAAAUAACCAGACUCGACAGCCAUCGCUACACCUGCAGGCACAACCAGAAUACAACUCUCAAAAUGUUAGAAAGCCCGCGGAGACCCAGCCGAACGGGAACCUCAUUGAUGCGGUACCGGCCAUGUCAUUACCCUGCCCUUCAACCUCAAUACAGCUCCCCAGAAACCCUAACGACCAGCAUCAGACAAUGUACGGGCAAGAAACGUACUCUCCCGGGAGGGAUCAAGCGCCCGGCGAUCUGGAUGCUAUUUCACAGAUAUUGCUGGGCCAUCAAUUCAUGGAUUUGGACCGGAUCAUCAGUUUCGAUAACGGAAUGUUCAGUGCCAAUCUAGACCAAUCUUGGUGA